AUGGCGGCGGUACGGUGUUCUUCAUGCAAAGCGGCUGACAGACGACCCUCAAAGAGGCUAAAAUGUGAAAAAAAAAGUCUAGAAAAAUCAGAACUAGAAGGACUUACAUGUGGAAGUGAAAACCUUCCUGCAUUGGGGGAAACGCCUGAAACACCUGAUGAGGAUCAACGUUCAGAAGACCCCAAUGUAAUUCAACAGAAAAAAGGUGAAAGCAUUCCAGAGACUAAUGAAGACAAACAGGAAAAGAAACAUAAUGUUUCUCUCAAGCCAAGUGCAGUGAAAUCAAGCAGUGCUCUGUCAGAAAUGGACAGUACUGAAAAUCUGCACAAUCCUGCUGGCAGCGAAGAGGAGAGCAGCUGUGAGAGUGUGCUUUCAGAUGGGUCUAGCUUGGAGGAGGGAGAUCUCCCAAAGCAGCCGAUACAACUAGACAGCAGUGCUUUCUUGGAUGAAGACAGCAACCAGCCCAUGCCAGUGGACCGGUUCUUUGGAGAUGUUGAGUUUAUACAGGAUCUCCCAGCAGUUGCACUCCCAAGCACAACGAUGAGCAGGCGAGAAUUCAGGAAGCUACAUUUCAUUGCAAAGGAAGAUGAGGAGGAGGAGGAAGAGGAUGUUGUCUAA